CGCGCAUGAAAGAGAUUGAGAGAUAGAGGGGAGAGAGCUCAAUAUGUCUCAAAAGCAACACUCAUGCGAUUAACGACACUGAGCAACAGCACUCAGACAGACACUGAGGACAAGACCAGCAGAGACGAGACACGCACACAUCCCCACACCCCACGCCACACACAGUACGUCGACCCCGAGCUCUCUUCCCUUCUCCUGCAAUGCACGACUGUCUGCCUCUUUCAGGCAGGAAUCCACCCACACACACGCAUACACACACAUGCCCUCAAUGAAUGGCAAAAAAGUGACACCACAGAAAUUACGAUACAGCCCACAGUCCCUCUCGGGCCUUUCCCCCCCCUCCAUGUGAAAAUUGUACGUGUGUACGAUGUUCAUUUCGUAUGCAUUUUCGUCUGCGGUCGCCGCAGCGACAAACUUGGGCCCCACCGGAAGGAGGCAAAGGACAGCAACAUGCAGGUGCCAGCGAUAUUACCCAGCAGUUGUUGUAUGAACCCUGCAUGCAUUUUCCGCCAUCUCUCCGCCGAAAAACCUUUCAGUCUGCUGUGUAUGUCGGCGAGAAACCUACCUAGACCUUUCACCCGACCGCCUCUGGCUGGGCCGACUCGCAAAGACAAACACAGACUCACUCGCACCGAGGGAGACGGCGCCCUGCACUGACCGUCAAAAGGCACAUGUGCAAAACCUCACGGAGGCCACGAGACAUGCAUCAAAACACCCACUUGCAUCCCAUCCUCCCCGUAUGCAUACGAUCAUGAAUGUCACUCGUGGUCAACGUCCACCGCCCCCCAGGCGUCUCCUGACCCGACUUCCAUCAGGGGAAUCGAGGGCAAAGUUGCUUGCGCUCCAGGAGUUGAGAGCGUUGACGGCAUCGAUCCCCUUACUGUCGACGAACCGGGCGAGGACGACGAGGUUUGCCUGCGCGUUCGACAGCUUUGGCGUCCACACUAGCCGCGUCAGCUGGAGGCCCUCGUUAAAGUAUAUGAAGAAACUGAGAGACAGACAGACACACCAGUAGUCCGUGCAUCGUCAUGCUUUGUCUAAUGUGUGGCUACCCGGCUCCGGGCGUCGCACCCUUGUCGUUGACCACACCGGCAACUGCACGUACACACACACACAGAGCCACAAAGGACCCACAUGAAAGCAGGCGCAUGAAGUUGCCACGAUGAAGUGACAUCUCCCUCACUUUGAGUCGCCGCGGCUCGCGCAUUGAAGGCGUCGGGCUGUCCAUUGUCUGGGUUGGUGAGGACCCACAGGUUGGUGUUGGCAGGGAUUGCAUUGAUAUCCGUGGGACUGUCCCCCAGCCCGUCAGCACCAACGAGAAACGCACUCACGAAAUUGAGCCCAAAGACCCGAAAAUCUUGGGGACUAAACAAAGACACGGAAAGGGAGGGACACAUGCACAUGAGGCACGUCGGACGGCAUGCAUCAUCCAUGUCUCCUCUUGUCUCAUACCUGAAGACGAUUGUGUCUGUGUCGAAACUGAAGUCAAAGAUGGAAUCCUCCUGUGCGUCGUCCAAUCGGUCAUCGACAGAGUAGAGGAUUCUGUCGCUGCCGUCACCGGUGAGAAUGAAAUCCGUGUCACCGCCACCAAUAAAGGUUUCACCGCUGCACACGGAUACAAGGGGAUCGAAACAGAGGGGCCAUCAUGUGUAGUGGCCUCAGCUACCUGUUGGUGCCGACUAAGACAUCAGAUAGACUGGACCCGAGCACAAGUGAGUUGGCGGGAAAACGCACACGACCUGAUGGAUGCACCGAAAAACCCAAAUGGACAUGGCGUAGGUAAGUCAGCUGACCGUACCAACAGCGAAGUUGUCCGCCACAUAGCUAUCAGCAUCGCUGAUGGCGCUGUUGAUGUUGUCAGCGGUCUCGUCGCAUCGUCCGGCUGCGAUCGCCGCAGCGGCACCCUCAGCGCAUGUAGAGUAGUCCCUGCAGAAAUGCAAUCGACCCCACCACACACGUCGUGACGUCAUGAAUGAAUCUGUCGGGUGUGACCUACCUCAUCAGGAUCUUCAGAUCGGAGGCCGAGUCUGCCAGGUUGCUGCUAUAGACAAGGCGAUUCAGGUUGAGGCCACCCGUGGCGCGAUCUUCGUCCGCAGUGUUGACGUUGGUGUAGAGGAAGACUCCAGGCACAAAAUCAUCUUCACUACCGUAGUUUGCGGCAAUCUGGCCCACAACACAAGAGACAAACAGCCAUUUGCUCGGCGACUGUCUGCUGUGGCAGAGGUCAAUCGAUGUUUUGUCUUUGCCUAUCUCACUCACCACGCUUGCAGCGGCUCCGGCGUUGAACUGAAUGGCACACACAACACACAGGAGCGCUCGUCAUAGCAUCCUUUUCGUGUUGCUGGCUGUAUUGCACCAAAGGUAUCUGCAAAGGAUCCCCUUGAGGCCCAACAAGGACAAUGAAGUUUGCGCGAACCUGAAGGAGAGACAUGGACAUGGUAUAGGUCGCCGCUUCAUAUGUUCUUGUACAUCGCAGGCAUCUCCGGGGCUUUGGAAGGACGUGAAGCCGUCUUGCAGGCGGAAAGUAGGCACACUGCUAUCGUCGACCAGCACCUGCACCUUGCAGAAGCGAACCUGAAACGAUGACAUCACUCCCGCCACAGGAGAAGAACGCUCAUCCGUACGGAUGGGGGCGAUUGCCAGUGGGUGCGUAGUGUGUUCACCGCUGGUUCGAUAUUGAAAUCUGGGCCGGAGAAGAACCAAAUGUCCCCUCCAGUCCCCGCAUCAAAGUCAGUGACGAUGUCCUCAUUCGCUACGACCUGUCUUCCCGGCGGAGUCACAUCACCGUCCGCGAAUGGUUCUCCAGAGAAAGCCACGCGAUCCACAUCCCCAAUCCCCUCUUGGCCAGUGCUGAUGGUGUCUUGGCCACCGAGCGGAACGAAGACGUCGUUUGAGGAGCCGACGAGAUUGUCGUCGUUGUUGGUUCCCACGAUCAGCAAGUCUGAUGGAGGCCCCUGGCAGGAGGCUCCUUGGAAGAGAGCGAGCACAAGACACAGCAGCCUCAUUCCCCGGUGCCACAUUUUGGCAGCGCCCCGCCUAUGUGAUGGCCUCAGCACCUGCACACACAAAAGCCACCAUUGGGCACACGACCACUUCUUUCUUUCCUUGGUUCUAUACCCCUCCUUGCGAGCACUCGGCCUCACCCCUCCGUCGACGGCCCUCCUUGAGGCGUACAGUGUGGAGCUUUCUAACGGCCGCGACGAAAUUGAAUUUUACACAACAAGAAAGGAAGCACGGACGGAGGGGGGCGUAUAAAAGACCAAUUUUUGCCAGAAACCCAAGAGAAUGGACACCAU